CGGCAGAGCUUUCAUUCUCAUCGCAAAUCGUGUUCACCUGUCCGUUUUGUUGAACGUUCUAGACUUGAGCUUUUUUCUCCCAUUCGGUUGGUUGUUUAGUGGUGUUAAGUCGCGCGCUUUGACUCCCGCGCUCAGUGCUUCUACCCUCAGGUGCGGUGCUGUGGGUGGAAAUGAAAAAUAAUACGUUUUGGUAAUUAGACCAUCAACAGAAACAAUAAAUCGCAUACCUACAUACAGUGUGGUUUGAUCGGGGAGGCACUCUAGAACUUUCCCAUUGUAUCUUACCAGGUUGUAACGAACGUGCAAAGGUAGAUCUUACGCUUAUCUGAGCAGCAGUUAGCUUCAUACACGUACCAGCUGGGGUAGUCUUCUCGCGUUUAGUGUAGUGCAGCAUGUUCGGACUCCAGAAUUCAUGGGUCGUCCUCGGCUCGAAGGCGGUCGACGUGUCGGAUGCUGAUGAGAUACAGUUCAAGAUGCUUAAUCUCAAUAGUGAUGAUGAUGCUCAAGUGCGGGGUCAUCAGCGUGUGCCCUCCGACACGAAAGAAUUCCACGAAGCUACAAAACGAGAUGCUCUGAUUCGUCUGCGUAAGGAUUUGGACAAUCUCCUGGAAACUGCCGAAGAUGCCAAAAGACCAAACCAUCAGAAGGAGAUGUGCGGCUUCGAGGCGCUGUAUCAUCGCUUCCUGCAGGAGGAUGGACCAUCCGUCGAAUGGGAUCGUAUCGAAAAACUGCCAGCGGAUGCCGUGAAGGACUAUUCCAGCCUGAAAACUCCCCAGGAAUCAGAAAUUCAUGCUAUGUUGGAUAAACUGGUGGUAGUCAAACUGAAUGGUGGUCUCGGAACGUCGAUGGGUUGUCACGGACCGAAAAGCGUCAUCCCAGUGCGUCACGACCUGACAUUCUUGGACUUGACGGUGCAGCAAAUUGAGCAUCUGAACAAAACAUACAACGCGAAUGUCCCGCUCGUAUUGAUGAACUCCUUCAAUACCGAUGAAGAUACCGAGAAGGUCAUACGCAAGUACAAAGGGUUUCAAGUACAAAUCUAUACAUUCAACCAAAGCUGCUAUCCUCGUAUCAGUCGUGACUCUCUACUACCCGUGGCGAAGGACUUCAGCAUCGAAAAUGACAUCGAGGCAUGGUAUCCACCUGGUCACGGUGACUUUUACCUUUCGUUCCAAAAUUCAGGUUUGCUGAAAAAAUUCAUCAGCGAGGGACGUGAAUACUGCUUCCUCUCGAAUAUUGAUAAUCUGGGAGCUACUGUUGAUAUCAAUAUUUUGAACCGAUUGCUCGGCAGUGAUCGCCAAGGUUCUAAGCCAAUCGAAUUUGUGAUGGAAGUCACCGAUAAAACCCGUGCUGACGUUAAGGGUGGUACCCUGAUUCAAUAUGAGAACAAACUUCGUCUGCUUGAAAUCGCACAAGUCCCCAAAGAGCAUGUAGAUGACUUCAAAUCAGUAAAAACAUUCAAGUUUUUCAAUACCAACAACAUUUGGGCCCGUUUGGAGUCCAUUGAGCGAGUCCUGGACGCCCAUUCAAUGGAUAUGGAGGUGAUUGUAAACAACAAAACCCUGGAUAAUGGUAUGCGAGUCAUUCAACUGGAAACAGCUGUCGGUGCAGCCAUGAAAUGCUUUGAUGGAGGUAUUGGUAUUAACGUGCCACGAUCGCGUUUCUUGCCAGUCAAAAAGACCUCUGAUCUGCUCCUGGUAAUGUCCAACCUAUACAGCUUAAAAUAUGGUUCCUUGGUCAUGUCACCGCAGCGUAUGUUCCCUACCACUCCACUCGUUAAACUUGGAGACAAUCAUUUCAGCAAGGUCAAAGAAUUCCUCGGACGUUUUGCUAAUAUUCCUGACUUGAUCGAACUGGAUCAUCUGACGGUGUCGGGUGAUGUCACUUUUGGUCGGGGUGUUUCGCUACGUGGAACGGUUAUCAUUAUUGCCAACCAUGGAGACCGUAUCGAUAUCCCGGCAGGAGCUAUCCUAGAAAACAAAAUUGUAUCCGGUAAUAUGCGUAUUUUGGACCACUAGAAUAUUGUUCUGAGUUUCGGCAAGAUCAGCUUUAUUCACUCAGGAGUUGUACUGGCUGCAAUCACCACCCUUUGAAGAGCAAUCUCCACAUUGUCAUAGACAAUGUGUUGUUCGUCCAGCAAUAUCUAGUGCAACAGUGUAGAAUUUAACCGUUUUGAAAACGAAUUUAUUUGUUUUAAAGUGUGUCAUGUCCCAGCUUUCAAAGAUUCAUGGGGCCGAUUAGUUUUUAAGAGAAACGUAAGAGUUUUAUUAUUUUCAAUCGUGUAUGAGCUUUUGCAGCAAAUUUUUUUGUUUUGAUUCACGUUAGUUGUUGAAAAAAUAGGCCAAUAUAAAUCGUA